AUGCUACCGGACUAUGUCGGCGCUGCCCCGCUGUACAUCAUCUGCCUGGCGUGCGCGCCGCAGUGGGACAUGACGGUCCGGCUUGUGCUGCGGUCGCUAGUGGGGCUCACGCGCUCGGCGCUCGGCAUGAUGACACUCGGGCCGCUCUGCAUGGCCAUCGCACCGCUGCUGGUCAGAUCGACCCUCAAGGUGCUGCCUGCCAGCAGUCGGUGGCCCAACGAGGUUCUGCCGCCACGCGCGGGCGAUCUCCGGUUCCUGGCGGUGGUCUUCUCGCUCCUCUCGGCGCCGGCGUGCUCAACCGCCUAG